AUGAUCGUGGUUGUCCUUCUGAUGUCGUCUCCAAUGACAUCAGCAGAGACACUUUAUGGCUUGCUCACCAUACCACAAGAUAAUUAUAACUGUACUCAACAGAUCCAAAUACUAAACCCUGCCAAUGCAAACUUCACUGUAUUGAUGGAGUUUAAUGAGGCCGUGCCAGAGGAUGGUGGUAGUAAAUGUACCACAGUCGACAACAAGAACAACAUUAUGUAUUCCAUCUUUACUACAAAUGGUGGAGGUCUUGGUCCUAUCUUGAAGUCAUAUCUCUACACUAUUGACUUGAAGACACAGAAAGUGAUAAGUCGUAGGGUCAUCUCGAAGGCACCGCUCACCUACAUGUUUGUUGAGGUGGACUACAACACCAACACUGGUAACCUAAACCUUGUGGUCUACAACUAUCUAACCUCCGAACUCACUACUGGUCACCUGACCUUGACAGGCCUUGAUAUUGUCGUCUAUGAUAAAGUUCACUUUGAUAGCAGCAAUAUAAUCAAUGUUGCCGCUGGAUACUACCCACCUGAGAACCUCUACAUGGUAUACUAUCAAUCCGAUACCAACCCAACCAAGACCAAUCCACUCAAGAUGUAUAAUGCAACAUCUGGAAAGGUAGUACGCUCAGUCACUCAGAAAGAUUUCAUCACUACCAUGCAGUACAUGCCGUACUACCCUGGAACAAUGGUACUUGGAGCAUCGGGAGAGAUUAGUUUGAUGGAUGUUGUCACUGGAAAUGCCAAGCCUUUGGUAUGGACUGAUACCCUCUUGUUGUACACCAACCAAGCAGUAGGCGAGUCAACCAUCUACCUCUCUGCCCAAUCAGCCGAUGUCUACUCUAUCGAUUAUCUGAUCACAGUUGACGUGACUACAACCCCACCCACCAUUGUCCACAACGUGACCUCAGCCGGCUACUACUAUGACCAACUGAUCGUCUCACUCAACUAA